AAAUUCCUUUUCCCUUUGUUCGCAUUCCACCGCGUGAAAUAAAAGAUUCAGCCGGCCAGAAUUCGUUGUUCGAGACGAUAGAGGAGACGCAGACGCCGUGCCCGCGGGGAAGUUCGAUUGAAAAGCCGAAUUCGAUUGCGUUUUAUGUCAGAAGAGAGGCUGGCGAAGGAAGGAAAUGAAGAAAGAAGAGGGAAAGGUGAAAUGGAGUAUAUUAGGUUUUCGUUACAAGGAAGUAUUUGUUAAGUUUGUACGGGCGAAGAAAAUGUUGAGGCACAGGGAAGUGAAAAUGGACAAUUAGAAGAAACAUGGGCAACCCUAAUGCCGUUAGCAACAACACGCGGGACUUUUGUAGCAACAAAUAUAAGAACUUUGUGCCUCCAGAGGGUGAGCUGUGGUGUGAGCCAGUCUGGGACUUGUUGCUCUGUUGGCCGCCAACCAAGGCAACGACGACAACCAAACAGAGAUGUCCGUUCGAAGAUGGAUUCGAUACAACCAAAUCCGUGGAGAAGAAGUGUGGCUAUAAUGGUCGAUGGGAGGGCCAGAAUGGCACGAGCAAUGAGGAUUCCCCUCACGGUUGGGCAAACUACACAACCUGCCUGACACCGGAAAUGCUGCGGCUACAUGGGAAAGUUUAUACCAACACCGUGGAAGGUGAUAUGAAGAUGGACAUAGCUGAGAAAACCCGGACGUUAGAGUUCGUCGGCUUAAGCAUCUCCUUAGUAGCGCUGCUUGCUUCACUUGCCAUAUUCUGUCGUUUUAGGUCCCUGAGGAAUACCAGAACAAGGAUACACAAGAACCUGUUCGUCGCCAUGGUUGUCCAGGUUCUAAUUAGGCUAAUAGUGUACAUAGAUAUGGAAAUCUUGAGAAGGAAAACUUAUGGUAUACAACGAGGUAUAGGAAACACUCCCGUGCUCUGCGAGGCUAGCUACGCCCUUCUGGAAUACACGAAAACCGCUAUGUUCAUGUGGAUGUUCAUCGAGGGUUUGUUCCUACACAACAUGGUCACUGUGACGGUGUUUCAAGAGAAUUCCUACUACAGGAUGUAUCGAUUCAUCGGAUGGGGAUGUCCUGUCAUGAUGACACUAAUUUGGGCCAUCAUCACCGCGUUCUAUUACCAUCCAAAGUCGAAAUUUUCUAGGUGCUGGUCUGGAUACAAUCUGUCUUCCUAUUUUUGGAUCCUGGAGGGACCCAGAUUUGCAGUGAUAUUGCUCAAUUUUCUGUUCCUGCUGAAUAUCGUCAGAGUGCUUGUGGUAAAGCUGCGACAGAGCCACACCAGCGAAAUCGAGCAGGUCUUAAAAGCUGUAAGGGCAGCUGUGGUGCUUUUACCACUAUUAGGCAUUACCAACGUGCUCUUCAUGAUCGAGGCACCGUUGCACAACGUAGAGAAGUUCGCAUUAUGGUCUUAUUCCACGCAUUUCCUUCAGUCUUUUCAAGGAUUCAUCAUUGCAACGAUCUACUGCUUUUUAAACGGCGAGGUGAGACUAGCUUUGGACAAAACUAUUUCCGUAUAUCUUUCUUUAAGAGGAACUGACUUGCAAGCGAGGAGACAAUCAACAUUCAGUGGUUGCCAGCCUCAAAGAAUUGCGUCCGUGAUCGAGAUGGAGGAGGAGGAGAUGAGAUCUAGUGGGUGGAUAAGACUAUGCUGUCGAGGUGGAAACACUCCACCACCGGACCGACCUGCCGAAACAGCGGUCUGACUAUGGAGCUUCUCUGGACUCCUUAACAUUGAACACUGGCUUCAAAAUUCCUCUCAAACCAUGAAGAUGAACUAUGAUCCUCUCUGAAUGAAGAAACUGUUCAGGUUGAUUUCGAUCUAAA